CAAGAAGCACUACUAGCUACUCUCAUUCAUAACAAGAAGCUCACUCCAUACACUACUAGCUACGACUACUACGCUCAUUCAUCUGUAACUAGAUGUAAUCGUCCAACAAGAAGAUCACCCACAGAAGAUUUGAACAAGAUGCUGUACAUCUCGUUGCCUGCGCGUGGUUGGAUGUGCUCCACGAAGCACAUUACAAAAGACGCGAGGUCACGGGGACAGAAAAUCUGGUAUCGGAAAUUCAAGAGCAACAACCGGCAAUGGAGAAUGAUGAAAUGGCACUUGAAUGUUAUGGUGUUCAAGUGCUCUUGCUGAGGAGGCUAGAAGUAGGGGGACAAAGAUUUUAGUCUUGAAUGUUCUCGUGCUCUUGCUGAGGAGGCUAGAAGAAGGGGGACAAAGAUUUUAGUUAGAAGAGGAGGAUGAUUAAUUCUGGCUGUACUUCUAGGGCUCAUUUGAGGUGGGGUGGAUAACAUUUACAAGAAUAGAGACACGACUAGCUACUAGUCAGAAGAAGUAGGAGACUAGAAUCAAAAGAAAACCGUUUUUAUAGCUGCAACUUCUUUCUUCUAACCUCCACCUGAUCCUGAAGCAGCGCUUACACCUCACGUUACCUUGGUGUAAAGAGUUGCAGCAGUAUGCAGAAGAGCUCAUUUACCUGGCGAAGAAAAACACUCCACACUACAACGGCUUGGUGGAAUCGAUGCUCAUUUCGAGUGCGGCGAGGGAUAUAUUGUAAAUACUUGAUGACUACUGAAAAGAUAACAGGUUAUGACACUCACAUUUUCCCUUUAACGCGUGCUGUUUAUGAGGCCUUUCGCAGGUUCCUCUCUACAAUGCUUGCGUGCGUGGAAGGAGUACGUCCAAGCAAUAACAUGAACAGAACGAAAUUUGAACCGAAAUUGGUCGAGAAUGGAACAAAGUUCUUCAGAAGGGCUGAUACAACUUGUGAUAAAAACAACAAGUGCUUCUCUAUUGGAGAACGACUAUUAUGAAUGCAGUGCAUUCAUAUUCGAGAUCAUACAGGUACGAAAAACUCGUUCCGCGCUACUUCGAUCGCCCUUUUUUCUGCACGCGAGUGAUGAACAAGUGGCAAUUUCGAGAGAGGGACGCGGCACCAAUGGGCUUCAUAGAAUUUGUGGAUAGGCCUGGAGAAUCGCAGCCUGCACGUCCGGUGGGAACCCAAAAAAUACGCUACAUCGAGCACAUGCUAGCCAACGGCUCUAGACGAGAGAGACGCAUCUUUGCAGGGAAGGCAAGGAAAGAAGUCGCAACACAGCAGGGAGACGGUGCUGUUGAGAAAGACGUGGUAAUGAGUCAAAAAAGAGGAGAGGCACCGCGUAGACGAGUAAGGGCUUCGCGGAUAGGGCAAGCAUUGGGUGGAUUAGCGAUGUCGAAGGAUGGCGCUUCAAAUAAUAGCUUACUACUACCACUGGCGAACAACGUGAAUACAACCAUGGAUUUCAGUCACAGAAUGUCUCAAGUGACACAAUUCUUAAAAACUCAAGGAUGCUUGCCAAGUGCUGGAUCAUAGUAUCUAUUCGAAAUUUCCACUGUACGUCAUGACAAAAACGGCUGUCAACAUGAUUUGUCGCGACGCCUUUCUUCGGAGUUCACGGAUUCAGUAUGAU